AUGUCCGUCAACUUAACCCAUCACUGUACAGAGACCAACUUCCAUUCAGGUGAAUCAGUUGGAAAGAUCCAACCUGAAUAUUUAACUUUCAAAGACGUUUAUGUCGUUGGUGAUGAAUCCAAAAACAAAGGUGUUGUAGUCAUCUUGACUGAUAUUUUCGGUAACAAAUACAACAACAAUCAAUUAGUUGCGGAUGCAUUUGCUAAAGCUGGUUAUUAUGCUUUAAUUCCAGAUUUGUUUGAUGGUGAUGCUGUUGAAUUAGAAAAUUAUGGUAAACCAGGUUAUUUUGAUACUUGGAAAAAAAACCAUGGUUUUAACGUUACAAGCCCAUAUGUGAAGGAUUUUUUGAAAAAAAUUGACUCUGAAUUGAAACCUACCAAGAUCUUUAGUGUUGGCCAUUGCUAUGGUGGUAAAUUAGUUAUUCAAAAUUUAACAAAAGAUGGUUUAUUAGCUGCAGGUGCCGUUGCACAUACUUCAGGUACAGAAUUGUCAGAAGUCAAAGAAAUCAUCAACCCUAUUAUAUUCUCAUGUGCUGAGAAUGAUCCAGCAUUCACUGAUGAACUUAGAACUCAAUCUCAACAAAUUUUGAAGGAGAACAAGAUCAAAUAUCAAUUUGAUUUAUUUAGUGGUGUUGCUCAUGGCUACGCUGUUAGAGGUGAUCCAAACAAUCCAGAUGAUAAAUAUGCUUCUGAGAAGACCUUGAAAGACCAAAUUGCUUGGUUUGACCGUUUCAGCUCUUGA